CUCGUCUCUCCCCUCUUUUUCUUGCUUCAAAGACUAGACCUCGUCUAGUCUGUAUGUAUUUAACUGAUAACUCAUUAUUCUAUGUACAGUCUGCCAAAAUAUUUAGCCAUUAAAGCAAAAGAUUGUGAGCCCAUAAAAGGUGUAUAAAUACCUCUCUCCUUUCUUCUCCUCUCUUAUUUCCGCUUGCAUUUUUUAGGUGGUUGUAUUUGUUUCCUCCCUAGUUUCUGUCUAGUGGACAGGGCACACGAAAACUAUUUAUUGUGAGAAAAAAAGUUUUGCCUUUUCUGAUAAAAUGUGGGCUUUUAUCAGUUUAAGCUUUGGUUAGGCGUUUCAAGCAAAGCUCUAGUUUGGUGCGCCUUGAACAUACACAUCCGGUCUGUCUGAAAAUUUUAUUUAAUCAUUAUUUAUUGAAAAAAAAAUUAAAAAUGGAGGGCUAUUCGGGAAAAGACGAACAAGGGUGUCAUCAGUUUCUUGAUUUGAUUCCUAAAGAAAAAAAAUGGGUUGCUGAGAGUUCAGAAAUUCAAAGCCAUCGCCUUUCAGAAGAUCAUCAAAAGCUUGAGCUGAGCUUGGGCCCACCAGGCGGCAAUUGGGCCGUCACAGACAAAAACAUUUCCUGUAAAAAUCGAAACUUUAGCGAUUUCGGAUGUUUUCCGAACAGCCCUUGUCCUGAAAGCCUUGUCUUGAGAUCUCCAUGGCAAAGCCAAUAUCUUGCUGUGACGAGCGAAUCAUCACAGCCCAGUAGCAAUAGAGUAGCUGUGGAUUCGAAAAAUAUUGAAAAGAAGGCCUUUUCUCAUUCUCCUGCAAAUACAGCUGUGCCUAAUGCUAGCGGUGCCCAGAAAAGGACUGCUCCUACUCCAGUUGUGGGAUGGCCUCCCAUUCGUUCCUUCCGGAAGAAUCUUGCAAGCGGAAGCUCGUCUAAAUCGAUUUCUGAACCAAAAGAUGCCGUCCCAGAAAAUAAUUUUGAUGGAAAAUCAGUUGAUAAUCGGCCGAAAACUUUGUUUGUCAAGAUUAACAUGGAUGGGGUCCCGAUUGGAAGAAAAGUUGAUCUUAAAGCGUACGAUAGUUAUGAAAAACUCUCGUAUGCUGUGGAUGAACUAUUCAGAGGCCUUCUUGCAGCUCAAAGUGAUUUUUCAGCUGAGGAGGAAAGGAAAGUUGAGGGAGGCCUUUUGAAUGGAAAUCGAGAAUACACGCUCGUUUAUGAAGACAAUGAAGGUGACAGGAUGCUUGUUGGGGAUGUCCCAUGGCAUAUGUUCGUCUCAACUGUGAAGAGGCUUCGGGUGUUGAAAAGCUCUGAAUUACCAGCAUUUUCUCGUGGAAGCAAACAGGGGAAGGAACUCAACGGUUGAUACUUACGCUAAGUAAUGAUCGAACGUACGAUGAGAAUUUGUAUUGUUGAAAUAGAAACUUGAAGUUAUUCGUAUAAUUGCUUUGUUGAGAUCAACUGCAAAAUUUGGUGUUUGUUAGUGCAUCCUUCUAUUGUUUCCUUAAGUCUUCAUUUGAGAAGUGUUAUGUAUUAUUAUUAACAUUAUUAUUAUUAUUUGGGGAGUAUGAUGAAGUUACUGCGAAUUUCAAAAGUUGGUGGCUUUCAGAGUGAACCUCAAAUGUAAAGAAAAAAAAAAAAACAUCCUUGUAGUUGUGAUUUGUGAAUCACUUCUUUUUAGAAUUCUCCACAAAUCACCAAUAUCAUGUGAAAACCUGCAAUUUGGGGGUAAUGCAG